CGUGAUUCCAUUUGGUUUUUUGGUUUGAUUCUGUUCCAGCUCACUCUUGUCGAUAUGAUCAUCUACGGAGCGCUGAAAGCUGCAGACUGUUACGCCCUCCGCUGGUCCAGAGUCCUGCGUCCGCUCCUAUUGGUCAACAUCACGGAGGGACGGCAGCUCCGCAGGGCGUUCAGAAGCAUCCGGAACGCUCUGCCUCAGAUUUUCUACGUCUUCCUGCUCUUCAUGUUCAGCGUCCUCAUCUUCUCCCUCAUGGCCCUGAAGCUUCUGGGUAAACGAGGUCUGAAGACCAUUGACGGAUCUCCGUACUUCACCAACUACCUGGAGAUCGUCUUUGACCUGUACGUCCUCGUCACCACGGCCAACAGCCCCGACGUCAUGAUGCCGGCGUACAACUCCAGCUUCGUCUUCGCCAUCUUCUUCAUCAUCUACAUCCUCAUCAACACCUACAUAUUCAUGUCCGUCUUCUUGGCCGUCGUCUACAACAACUACAAAAAAUACCUGAAGGAGGAGGUGCGGCAGCUGGUCAGGGCCAAAAGGCACAAGAUGGUGCGAGCGUUUGCCGUCCUGCAGGAGCCAAGGGGGGAGGGGGUUGAACCGGUGGUGACCCAGGCCGACUGGAACCAAGUGGUACGACUGGUCCAGCCCGAUAUCAGCAACGCCCACAGAGAGCUGCUGUGGAGCGUCUCCGACAACAAGAACCAGGGGUUCAUCGGUAAAGUGGCGUUCGUCCAGCUGGCCGACCUCCUGAACAUCGAGGUGAUCACGCUCAAGUCGAGACCGCACCCACUUCACCGUUUGUGCCCCGCCCUCUACCUGUCAGGGCCCAGCCGCCUACUUUGCAGAUUGAUCCAACACAGGGCCUUUGUGAUCAUGUACGACCUCAUCAUCCUGGUGAACGCCGUCUUCAUCGGGCUGGACGAGGAGAAUCCCCUGAUCGCCAACUCAGAGUGGGUCUUUCUGGCUCUCUACCUGCUGGAGAUCCUCCUGAAGCUCUACGUGUUCGAGCCCAGAGCGUUCUUCUCCAGGCACAACUUCUGGAACUGGUUCGACACCAUCAUCGUUGUGUCUGCUCUCACCGCCACGAUCGUCAACUCCGCUAUGAAGUCAUCUGGAGGUUACACCAGUCGUCAGAUCCUGGACAUCGUCUUCAUCCUGCGAGUCCUCAGGCUGAUCCGGGUGGUGGACAGCAUCAAAAGGUUUCGUACGAUCAUCAACACCCUGAUCAGGAUUGGACCAGCAAUCCUCACGUUUGGACAACUCAUCCUCGUGGUGUACUACAUCUUUGCCAUGGUGGGGAUGGAGCUGUUCAAAGACAAGGUGAAGUUUUACGAGGACCCCAACGACCCGGAGAAGUUCUACUGUGGAAACAGUCGACUGAGAGGAACGGCCUUCGCUCACCUCAACUACUGCAAAAACAACUUCAACAACGUGGUGUCGUCCUUCAUCCUGCUGGUGGAGCUGACGGUGGUCAACCAGUGGCACGUGCUCAGCAGCGGCUUCGCCAUCGUCACCCACAUGUCGGCCAGGAUCUUCUUCGUCCUCUUCCACAUCUUGGUCGUCAUCGUCAUCAUCAACAUCUUUGUGGCGUUUGUCCUCGAAGCGUUCUUCGUAGAAUACUCGCUGGAGAAGAGCGACCUGCAGACGUCUCUGGAGAAGAAGAUCUCGGAGCUGGAGCUGGCUGUGGAGCAGGAGAAGCUGCAGGAAAACCUGGUGAACGCCAUGGAAACAAUUGACAACGACCUGGGAACCGACCAAUCAGCGACAUCGAACAAACCGACCCUGAUGUUUAAAAUUGCUUCAAAAAGAUAUCGGACGGUGGACGCCUUGUUGCAGCGGAUGUUUGAGGCCGAUCUCGACCCAGAAGACUUUGCUGAGAAUGACGACGCUCAGAGCGACGGGAACUUUGCGAACCCGUUGUUCAGCUCUGUGUAAACAUGAAGGGAACAUUUAUUUUUAUAUUUCUGUCGUGUACUUCUCUGAAGAGACACAAAUGAAACCUGUAUUUUUCACAUAAAGACUAUUUACACUUAAA